CGCACCAUCUCUCUCUCUCUCUCUCUCUCUCUCUCUCUCUCUAUAUAUAUAUAUAUAUACGUAGCCUUCCCUUUCCCUGCACUCAGCCAUCUGCUUGCAGAGCUUUCCUUCCCUUUCAUUAAGGUACUACGACUCACCACAACAUGGUCGCCGGCUGCUGCACCAACGAGGUGACGGUCAACGUCAGCGUCCACAGGAUGUGGAAGGCGGCCGCCUGCGAGGAUCACAUCCUGCUGCCAAAGAUCAUUCCUCAGUACUUCGCUGGCGCAGAGCUCGUCGGCGAUGGCGAAGCUGGCAGCACAAAGACCUUCCACUUCACUCCAGCCGCAGAGCCACUGACCUUCGUGAAGGACCAUGUUGAGGUGUUGGACCACGGAAGCCACACGAUGAGGUACAAGGCGAUCGAAGGAGGUCACCUCGGCCGAACGCUCAAGUCGCACGCGUUCGAGGUCAAGUUCGAAGCGGCGGGCGCCGACAGCUGUGUCGUGAAGACCAAGACAGAAUACGAUACGAUCGACGACGCGCCGCUGCCGGAGGAUGAGGUGCAGAAGAUGACGGACGUGCCAGUACGGAUGAUGAAGUCGGUGGAAGCCUAUCUGAUAGCCAACCCCGGUGUUUGUGCCUGAGCCCCUGAGCCUGUGGGCUUUCGUGUGCCGACGCUGGUGCUUCCAGUGUCGUAGUGCUUGUCAUUGGGCGUGGAUCAAUCAAUAAUGAGGUGAUGCAGCAGUGCUGGAAUCAUCACCUUUAGAGUGAGAGAGUGAGAGAGAGAUAGGACAUGACAUGUUGCUGCCAUCUCUCUCUUUGUCUGUUCUUUCCAUCUUCUGCGAGAUGUGGUGUUUUGUGUGGUCGUCUAAGGACAUACAUAUAUAUCUACGAAUAAGAUGUGAUUUCUUUGGUAUCA